AUGAACGGUCUAGAACGGGUGGCGGAGGAGUUGAUGGGUCGAAGAAAAUGGAAACUAUAUCAGGACGCGUUAAUACCAAAACGAGGGGAGGCAGAAUUAUCGAGCGACGAGGAAUCGGUCCAAACGGACCCUCCACCAGCCUUGAAGAUCAAGACCAUAGAACAGAUCAACGAGGACGAAGCAAAGGAAGAAAGAGUGGAAGAGAAGGUGCCUCGAAGGCCAGAAACUAUUCUAGAGUCAUUGAUCAAAAGACCUGCUACCCAACCGAAGCUGGAAGUAGCCGAGGAACCAGCAGAUUGGAAGCCACAGGACAAAUGUUACUUCUGUACGGAUGGUGAGCCGGGAGGAGGCGAGAACAGGCCAACCGGCGCUAUGUCAGACAGCAGUUCGGUGUCGGGCGCAAAAAGCCCGGCCUCCGCGCCGCCGCUGCUGCAGCACCUCCUCCAACUACAAUUGCAGGCGCAGAACCCUCAAACUAUAGCACAGGGCUACACGGACAUGUGUGUGCAGUUUCAGCAGAUGCUGACAGCCCUGGCCGCGCUGGGCAGCGGGCUGGUGCCGCCGCCGCCGCUCUCGCAACCCUGGAUGAUGCAGCGGCUCGUUCACAGGCAGACUGAUAGGCCUCCAGAGGUGGGUGAGAAGGCGCCGGCGUCUUCAUCCCCCAACCUUGCUGAGCAGCCACUCGAUCUGAGUGCCAAGUCCACCUCCAGCACAAGUGGAACUCCUCCACCUGAUAACAAGCACUUGGAUAUCAGAUUGAAGCGCCCCGCUCUCGACGGCGCCAGCAAUAGCUCGGGUCGCCGCGCGUACACCGAGGACGAGCUCCAGUCUGCCGUGCGUGACAUCCAGUCCGGCCGGCUGGGCACGCGGCGAGCUGCCCUCAUCUAUGGCAUCCCGCGCUCCACCCUGCGCAACAAACUCAACAAGUUCGGCACUCCCGUCGAUCAAGUCGACUCAGAUAAUGACAGCGAUGCCGAGCGUCCUGACUCGCCUCCUUCAGUCAUCCUCAAAAUACCAACAUUCCCCCCACCAGAUGACAAAAGUUCAUCCCCAGCUGGACAAAUACAAGCGCCCAUCACUCCGAUAACACCGAUGCUCCCUACUGCUCAACCAUCACUGAAAGCGCCCUCGCAGUUGCUGCUCCCACCCUCCGUGUUUGCUGACCCUCCCUCAACACAACACCUGUUUACGUCUCUCAGUGACGUCAUCGCUAAAAGCAUCAGCCAAAAGUUCCAGCAACCUUUAGAUAGGCCUCACCAUCAACCCAGUGACCUCAUGUACCCACGAGGACCUGAUAGACACGUCUCAGUCAUUAAAACGCCACCUGAUAACCAGCGCUACGCCGCGCCAGGUAACUCCAAAGCCACUCCCAAUAACAACGGGCAGCCAGCCACUGGAGGCAAGGGCACGCGACCCAAGCGUGGCAAGUAUAGGAACUACGAUCGCGACAGCCUCGUGGAGGCAGUGAAGGCGGUGCAGCGCGGAGAGAUGUCAGUGCAUCGCGCCGGCUCGUACUACGGUGUGCCACACUCCACGCUCGAGUAUAAGGUGAAGGAACGACACCUUAUGCGGCCACGGAAGCGUGAGCCCAAGCCACCCCAAGAUACUGCUAAGCCACAGCCACCAAAGCCACCGCCACCGAAACCGCCAACGAAGCCGUUCUCCAACGGUCUCAACGGCCCGGAGGCUCCGGGCUACCCGCCUGGCUAUCCAUAUUGGCCUGGCACUGGGUUCCCACCACCACCAGCUCCCGACUUGUACGCCUCACACAUGAUGCGACGACUGCGCGAAGAAGCGCCACCACCAGCCAAUGGCUCGUUUCUGGAGGGCAUCAUACGAUCCAGCCUGGAACGACCCGCGCUACUGCAGCGGCUAGCAGCGCCACCUGGUGGCGAGGUGGUUCGGCGUGCGCCCACCAGUGACGGCGACGAGCCGCCCGCGCGCCGGCCCCGGCUAGACAGCUCGGACCAGGCGCUGGCGGCCGAGAUGCGCGAGGCGGUGCAGCGACUGCGCGCGGACAAGCUGCGGCCGCGCAACGGUACGCCGACGCCGCCGCCCGCGCCCCCGGCCGAGCCACCGCCGCCGCCGGCCGCGCCCCCGGACCGCGCCUAG